AGAGUGGAAGCUCAGUGGAAUGAAUGAAUAUACCAACAUGCACACCCACUGACACACAUGUAUUCACACAAUCACAACUCACACUCACAAACACAUCAACAGGUGAACACGCAAAGGUGAACUCCACACCCUCUCACACUGAUCUGCCUACACAACUCUAUUUCAGGCCAACACACACUUUCACACGGACACACACACAUUUUACACAAGCCUGCGCAAGCUCUCUCACCUGUGACUACACACAUUUCACCGGCUGGCAGGGGAGCCUCUGGGCCUCAUUCCCUUCCUUUGUAAAAUGAGGGUAGUAAGAAGCAAAUUCUUCUUAGGAUUCUGGGGAAGAUUCAGAUUGUGCACGAUGAGCAGUAGCACAGGCCUGGUCGAGCGUGCUGAUCAAUGUCAGCCAUGAUCGUUAUUACUAUGGCUGUUAUCAUCACUGUUAUUUCGUGUGCAAACACACACAGUGGCAGCUCCCAGGACCCGGCUGCCACCUGCCCUGCUCUCCUGCCCCCAGGCUUAGAGCUCCAUCCCUGGCACCCACUCUGGACCCAGAGCUGACAGGCAGACCAACCGCAGGGCCGACGGCCACAUCUGAGGGGCACGUGUGCCUCGACCUGACCCUGAGCUGGCGGGGGCCAGGGAAGGGGUGGGCUGGGGGCACGGGCAGAUUCUUGUCUGUUGUGGACACUUCCUGGCUGCCUCUGGCUGGGCCGGGAAUUGCAGGGGUCUGGUGGGGGGUGGCGGUGAUGAGGUGGGCGUGGAUCUUGGGUUUGGGAGAUGUGGAAACUGGUGUCUCCUUGUCCUUCAACUCACCAGGCCUCUUCAUGUGCUCACAGCCCAGCCAGGUGGAGGACGCUCUGUCUGCGGAGGCGGGUGAGGAAGAGGAAGAGGAAGAGGAGGAGACAGCCCCUGCCCCAGCUCCUGCUCCUGAAGAGCCCACGGAGCCCUCGCUGGCAGAAGCCAGCCAGGUUCUGGGGGCCUCAGAGAUCAGGCAGCUCAGCCUCCACCUCCCGCCAAGAGUCAGGGGCUAUUCCUGGAGUCUGGCCUUCUGCACGUCGAGGGACGGCUUCAGCCUGCGGAGCCUGUACAGGCAGAUGGAGGGCCACGGCGGGCCGGUGCUGCUGGUGCUGAGGGACCAGGAUGGGCAGAUGUUUGGGGCCUUCUCCUCCUCAGCUAUUCGACUCAGCAAAGGCUUCUACGGUACUGGAGAGACAUUCCUCUUCUCCUUCUCCCCACAGCUGAAGGUCUUCAAGUGGACGGGAAGCAACUCUUUCUUUGUGAAAGGAGACUUGGAUUCACUGAUGAUGGGCAGCGGCAGUGGCCACUUUGGGCUGUGGUUGGAUGGAGACCUGUACCACGGGGGAAGCCACCCCUGUGCCACCUUCAAUAAUGAGGUGCUGGCCCGGCAGGAGCAGUUCUGCAUCAAGGAGCUGGAGGCCUGGGUUCUGAGCUGAUACCCCCAUGGUGGGCAGCCUCCUGAGGCUACAGGAGCUUGGAUCUGCUCGUGGGUGCCAUCUAGGCCUCCCUUGCACAGGGCAGCCCAUUCUGUCUGGAACACGGAUGGUGACGUGGCCUAGUGCUUGCUGACUGUGGCUGUGAGGCAGCCUCCCUGUGGCCUGGGGACCCAAGACAGGCAAGGAGGCAGGCAACGUUCUCCCGGAAAGGUAACUUUGAAGGAGUGAAAGAUAUUUACUCCAGCCGAGCUGCGCAAAGUCCCUUGUGAAAAUUAUCUUUUUAGAAAUUAGAUGUGUUUAUUGUAGAAAAACCAGAAGACAUAAAAAAAAUUAAAAUUGCCUAAAAUUCAACCACGCCCCAAAACACUAACAUUUUCAUGUAUAUUCUCCCAAUUUUCCAUGGAGAUAUAUAUAUAUAUAUAUACAUCUUACAAAAAUGGGAGUCUAGGGACCAGCCCG